CCCCGAAAAAGGAAAAGCAAUUGUAUAAAAAAACCAUUAAUCUAUUUCUUCGAAGCCAAGCCAUAAGACUUGAGGGAACUUCCUCUCUGAUUUAUUCUCUCUCGUCUAUCAGUAAUAUUAAAAACUCUUUACUUUCUCAAUUAAUAAGAAAGUAAUAAAGAUUCAAUCUUUGAUCAAAUCUCGAGUUUCCAUUCCCAAAAUGGCAUCUGGGUCUUCGGAUCGUUCAAAUUCGGGUUCAAAAGGGUUUGAUUUCGGUACUGAUGACAUUCUUUGCUCUUACGAAGAUUAUGGUAACAAAGAUUCUACUAAUGGAAGUCAUUCGGAUCCUGUAAUUGUGUCUAAUUCCACUAAGCAGGAUUAUCAUAAAAGUAGAAUGUCAAGAUCCUCUCUCUUCCAUGCCUCUUCCUAUAGCCAGCCAGAAGAUUCUUUCAGCCAGGAUGUGAUAUCUGUUGUCGAGAGAAGCAUGAAAAAACAUACUGACGGCCUUAUGCGUUUUCUUGAGGGGGUCAGUUCACGGCUGUCCCAAUUGGAAUUAAAUUGCUACAACCUUGACAAAUCAAUUGGCGAAAUGCGAUCUGAUUUAGUUCGUCACCGUGCAGAUGGAGAUUCAAAGCUUAAAUCCUUGGAGAAACAUCUUCAAGAAGUUCAUAGGUCUGUCCAGAUCUUAAGGGACAAACAAGAACUUGCGGAUACACAGAAAGAACUGGCCAAGCUUCAGCUUGUGCAGAAGGAGCCCUCUUCAUCAAGUCAUUCCCAAGCUGAGGAGAAAGCUUCACCACCUGCCACUGACCCCAAGAAAACUGACAACACACCUGAAAUUCACAGCCAACAGUUGGCUCUUGCUCUUCCCCACCAGAUAGUACCACAGCCACAAUCUGCACCUGUGCCCCCACCAAGUCAAGCCCCACCUCAGAAUGUGACCCAACAGCAGUCUUAUUAUUUGCCUCCAGCCCAACUACCAAAUCCACCAGCCCAGGCCCAACACCCACAGGGCCCAUAUAUGUCUGCUGAUCCUCAAUAUGGAACACCCCAAAUACAAGACAUGACUCGGGUAGCACCACAGCCAGCACAGACACAAAUAAAUCAAACGCCACCAGGCCCCCAAUUUACUCAGUAUCAGCAUCAGUGGCCCCAGCAGUUACCUCAGCAGGUACAAGCACCACAACAGCCCCCCAUGCAGCCUCAGAUGAGGCCCUCAUCACCAGCGGUUUAUCCUACCUAUCCACCACAAGGUCAACCUACAAAUUCAUCUCCACCAGAGACGAUGUCAAGCAGCAUGCCUAUGCAGUUGUCAUAUGCAGCAGUUCCUCAACCCUUGUCCAGUGGUACUGAUGCUAUACCUUAUGGAUAUGGAGCUGGUAGAACAGUUCCUCAACAGCCACAAGCUCAACAAGUUAAAGCCGCAUAUGGAGCUCCACCCGGUGAUGGAUAUGCAACUGGUGGACCUCAUUCUGCACUUCCCCCUGGGAGUGCAUACAUGAUGUAUGAUAGUGAAGGUGGAAGAGCACACCAUCCUCCUCAACAGCCUCACUUCUCACAAGGCGGAUAUCCUCCAACAAAUCUCAGUCUUCAAAAUCCUCAAUCGGCUCCAGGGACAAAUAUGAUGGCUCGCAAUCCAAGUCAUGCAAACUUUGUACGGAACCAUCCUUACAGCGAAUUGAUUGACAAGCUGGUAAGUAUGGGUUUUAGGGCGGAGCACAUUGUAGGCGUGAUACAAAGGAUGGAGGAGAGUGGUCAGCCUUUGGAUUUCAAUGCUGUGCUUGACAGGUUGAGCAAUUCUUCUGGAGGUUCUCAGAGAGGGUGGUCAGGAUGAAACCAGAGUAAUUUAUGCAUUGGACCCUUAAAACUGUAGCGGCAGUCAGGCUUAAGUUUAUCUUAAAUUUGAAUAAAAGGCAGUUUGUCAUGCACGGUUUCUUCUUUGGAGUAGUAUGUAAAUCAUGUAAGGUCAUAUUUUGGUUAUUACUCGUCCUUGUGGCGACUUGCCGAGUGUAAUGGGUAUGGGUAUUCUCUCCAUGAUUUUUAGGAAGGGAGAAAUCCAAAUGCAAUCUUAGCUUUUCACUCGAGAAUCAUGCUUCUAUGUGAAACUUGGGCAUGCCAGGCUUUGGUAUGUGCAGCCCCGUUGGAAUAAAAAUUUCCCUUUCAUGCA